UUUACUGUCAAAAUAAUUUUAAAAAAUGAUUUGCUUUUAUUUCUACCCUACCUAACCCUACCUUAUUUUCGACUUUAGUUGAAAAUGAGUGGAUAGUGUAAAGUCCAAAAUAAUUAAAAAAUGUUGACAAGAACGAUACACUGAAUAGACGUAGUGGAGAUUUGCUUAUAAAUGAGUAGUAUUACAACCCUAAUUUGUCCAAUUUUAUUUUCUUGGCAAAAUGGGUGAUACUUUUAUGUUAUUAUUAGAUGAGACCUGUACAAUACUUGAAUCAUACAAAGGAAGGGACAAGAUAAUAAGAACACUAUGUUACCUGUCAAGACUAAUGGGAGAAUUGCAAAGCAAUCCAGAAGUAAAAAAAAAGUUUUCCACUUUUGGGUCACAGAUGUCUGCGACAAGAACUACCCUCCGGUUGUUUGAUGAUCUACUUGUACUGAAAAACAGCAUAAACUAUGCAUUUGGUAAAAAUGAACCUGAUAAAUGUAUGGCUGUGCUUGGCAUUACUUCAAAUAUAGUUGACCAUUUAUUCUUGCCUCUGGAGAAAGUCUCUUGGCUUGCCAAACACAAACUAUUAACUGGUGUAGAUAAUAGCAAAUGGGAUACGGCGAGUGCAGCUUGUUGGGUUGUGACGUCAUAUUUAACUAUUUUAAAAACACUAAGAUGUUUGGUCCUCUUAAAAAAACACGAAAAUUGUUUAGACAAUGCACAAGGAUUAUCCGCGGAAAAGCUUCAGACUUUAAAGACGUUCCACCUAUGGACCUUAAGUCGAGCGUGUCUGGACUUCAUGCACGCCGUGAACACUCUACCUCCCGGAUUCCUUUGGUCCUCGAAAUUUAAGCCCUGGUUUGUAAGUUUAAUUGGGACAAGUUCUUCCCUUUUGGGGUUGUAUUUAAUUAUAUAUAAAAGAUGGCUUAAGUGAUAUUUAUUUUUGUUGCUUGGUUUUAAGUUGUUGAAAUAUAUGAUAAGAUUAAAUGAAGAAAUAGAAAUUUAUUUGAAUUGCACCUAUCA